CAUUACCUGUUAAAACAAACGUAGCGUUUGUUGUUUUUGUCAAAUGAGGUCAUAUAGUUUAUAAAUUUCUGUUGAACAUAGCUUCUUUAUUGAUGUUUGUGUGGAAACCGCCUACGCAAAGAUGCCGAGUCCCCAAAGCCCCGCUCGAAAGGUACUCGGGUCUAAAUAUAGCCGCUGAUGCGAAGAUAUUACACGUCAAUAUUUAUUUUGGAAUUAAUAAGAUUUUCGGAAGGAUAAAGUGCGUCAAUUUUCAUUUAAGAGAGCGGCGGCAUGAUGGUGGUGCGCGUGAACCUGCGCGUGGCGCUGUGCGCGCUGUGCGGCGCCGGGCUGGCGCUCACGCUGCUGUGGACGCAGUGCGCGCCGCCACUCACCCGCCCAGGUUCAAUGCUACCGAACCCUCUGUCCGAGCGGGUCCCGGCGCCGCGCGACGACAUCGAGUGCUUCAUCAACGGCGAGUACGCGGUCGCGUGCCGGCGGGAGCACGACGAGGUGUAUGUGCCCUUCUCUUUCAUACACAAGUACUUUGAGAUCUACGGCAAGAUAACAGUCGCCGACGGCACAGAGAAGUUCGAAUGGUCGCACAGUUACGGGAAAAUAUACCAUCCGAAGAAGAAAUACGACCCGACGGGAACAUUCACCACUUUCGAGAACUACAACGUGGAAGUGAGGGAGAGAGUCAAGUGCAUAAGCGGGAUAGACGGCGUCCCGGUGUCCACACAGUGGGACCCAAAAGGAUUCUAUUACCCGACACAGAUAGCUCAAUAUGGCUUGGCGCAUUAUAGCAAGAAUAUAACUGAGCCAGAGCCAAGAAUAAGAAUUAUAGAAGAUGGUGAAAAACAUCAAGAGAAGUGGAUAGUCAGUCAGGACGCGUCUUUAGUCCGUGAAUUUGAUGCCUCGAUCCGCGCGAAUGUGAUACGGUUCUCCACGUCGGAUCAGAUGUCGAGCCAGGUGUGGUUGAAAGUCAAUAUCAGUCAGGACUUCGUGAUCAGUCUGGACCUGCUGCUGAAGCCCAACUCCUCGCUCACGGUGGUGCUGCAGAACAAGGACCGCAAGGAGACGGUGUAUCUGCAUUAUGUCACGAGCACGCAGCUGAUAUGGGCGCAGGAGGACCACAUCUACCACGGCGUGGGCACGGAGGCGCGGUGGCGGCGCCUCACGCGGGACCUUGUCAUAGACAUGCAGAAGGGCUGGGCGCUGCUGGAUAGACCCAAGAGGAAGUCACCGAGGAAUAAGUUUAAGAUAUCCAGCAUAAUCCUCAGCGGCUCCGGCUCCCUCACCAACCUGUCCAUCCGUUCGUCCCACCAUGCGGCGGCGGUGUGGGCGGCGGCGCGCUGGUUGACGGCGCAGCAGCGGCCGCGCGGGGGCUGGCCCGUGCCCGCGCGCCGCCGCGUCGCCGCCGGGUUAGCUGAGCUCAAGCCUGGAUGGCACUCGGCAAUGAGCCAAGGGCACGCGAUAUCGCUCCUCUCGCGCGCGUACCACCGCAGCGGCGACGAGGCGUACCUGCGCGCCGCGCGCCGCGCGCUCAGCCUGCUGCACGUGCCCAGCCACGCCGGCGGGGUCAAGGCCAUGUGGAUGGACAAAUAUGUUUGGUACGAAGAGUACCCGACGACGCCGCCUUUAUUCGUCCUCAAUGGCUUCAUCUACACCCUGCUCGGGCUCUACGACCUGCACAUCACCGAGGGAGAGAACUCCAUCUCUUUAGCCAAGAAAAUGUUCGACGACGGUAUGGUCUCCCUUAAAACCCUCCUGCCUCUAUUCGACACGGGAUCUGGAAGCUUCUACGACUUAAGGCAUUUCACACUGGGCGUGAGUCCGAAUAUAGCUCGGUGGGACUAUCACGCGACUCAUGUGAAUCAAUUGUAUUUGUUGGCGGGGCUGGAUGAUGAUCCGAUAAUUUUGAAUACGGCUAAAAGAUGGGAAGGGUAUAUGCAGGGAAAGAAAGCGGCUCAUAAUUGAAGGUAAUAUGGGUGAAUACUGGUGUUCUGUCUUUACUCUUGAAUCAUGUUUCAUCACUCGAUGUGAUGCAAGAUUUGACAGUCUUUACUGAGGGUAAUAGUUGGUUUAGCGAUGGCUUCUGUUGGCUCUGGAUAAGGUUGUAAGGAUUAAUUAAUCGAGUUGUGUAAAUGACAGGAAUGAAGAUGUUUAGAGCAUGAAUUGUGUUAUAAAAACGCGUGUACUUAUAAAUAAUAUAAUUAUGGAUAUGUUGUUGUUAUGUAUGGUAUGCCAUCGCACGUAUUUACUUAACUAAAUACCUACACUUAAUGUACUAAACACACGUACCUAUGUAGUUACAUGAACGACAAGGAUCAUAGUAUCGGACUUUUAUUCAGUCCAUAUUUAUAAAACUAACAAAAGGUUUGUAGAAGUCUUGGCAAGUUCUUCAAUAUGCCUAUGUUUCUCAUUAUUAACCAUACACGGUACAUAGCACUUUCGUUUUCGUUAACCUUACAAUUAUUAUAAUAAUAAACUUACAGUUUCACUAGUGAACACUAUAACAAUUGAAGACUUGAGAAAAGUGGCCAAAAAUAAGUAGCAAUUAAAUGAAAUUGGCGGAAGAUUCAUACAGGCAGGCUAGUAGUAGGUUAUACCUAGAUGUAAUAAAUGUAAGAAUGGAUUAAGGUCAUUUUUCAACUGAAUCCCUGGAAAGACUGAAUGCGUUGUUUUUUCCUUAUAAACUUAUAAUAUGUACAUGUGAAGAAGUACUUAAGCCUACAAGAUCAUUUAUUUGUGUCGAUCUUAGCAUCGAUGUGUUGGCAAUAUAGCUUUAUUCUUACCAUGAUGCAUUAUUCACAUAUCUAAAUACUUAAUUAAACUAUUAAGUUCAUUACUUGACUAACCAUAUCAUUGUAAAUAAAGGUUUUUACUUAAAUUAUUUAUUUGGUUACUAUUGUGUAUCUAUUUUAUUCACACUUUCUUGCCACUGUUUUAAUUUUCUUAAAUAUUAUUAACACGUUAAAUGGAAAUUAGUUAUAACUUUAUUUCAUGUAGAUAAAUAAGUAUUUAUUGAACUAGACACCCUUAAAUAAUUGAAAACGUCUUAUCAAAUUGACAAAUAAGUAAAUUAGUCAUAUCAAUUAAUUUGUAUCUAUCUAAAUUAAUAACUAUUUUUACACAACCCAUCUUGUAACUUGUGUAAUUUGGUGUAAGUAUUGAUAAAAAAAGAACAUUAUAAAAAUACAGUAGCAUGUGAAAUUAGCUGUAGGUUGAAGAAUAUCAACCAAUGGGGUCGCUGUAUCUUCAAGUGCUGCUAAUUUCACACCUGUCUAAACAAGUGCACUGUUUGUAAAUUCUUGCCAUUGGCUUAUUGCAAAAAUGUACAUGUAGAAUUACACCCUUUAGUUCCUUGUAGAAGACUAAUUUUUGUGUUGAAAUGUAAUCUUAGAAAAUUAUUUGCAGCAAUAAUAUUUAUAGUAGUAAUAAUGUAGGUUAUUGAUGAAAUGUUAUACCUCACGAAAAGCACAAACGCAGCUUGUAAAUAAUGUAGUAAUUAACAAUGUGCCUACUGAUGUGAAAUUAGAUGACAUAGUAUUUAUUUAUUGAGCGUAUGUUACUUUUUAAACAAUGGUCUGUAGAUUGUCUCCACGUACCAGCAACAGUGUAUCGAUGAAGUGCCAGCUUGAGAACUUACUCUUCAAACAUUAUAAGGCGUCGCGUCGGUUACUUGUGAACAAGCAAUAAAAACUGAUAACACCUCUCAAUUUACUAUAACUUCGUAAGCACUAUUUAUUGAGGAAUAAGUGGCUCAAGAAACUGAGAGUGGUCUAGUAACAUUUGUCUAAAAAAUUAAGGGAAAAGUGGCAAUUAACAUACAGUUAAUUUUGUAAUUAGAUAUAAUAUGUAUUAUGAUUACUUAAUAAUUAUUAUGUUUGUGUUACGUGUACUCAAUGAAACUGGCCCACAGAUAGUCAAUUUAUAGACCGUCAAUUUAAACAUGCUAGGCGUUUUAAAAGCGAUAUUGUAAGCCAUACGGUCUUGGGGAAGAUAAAUAAAUCUACUUAAAUACUUAUACAAAAACUCAAGAAUAACCUCUGUCGCUCUUACGGCUUACAAUAGUCCUUUAUGUACCUACAUCUUGUGUAAGUAGGCACAUUACCAAUUGAAUAGCAUAAAAGAAAAUCAGUUUACACAAAUUUUCCCUUAUUAUGUAUACUUGUUUAAUUAUGUUUUUUUGCUAAGCAAAAUAGUAAUAGGACACUAACAAUGUAGUGAUAUAGACUAUUAGAAAACUAGAUGAAAACAUUCCAAUAUUUAAUGAGCUUACUAGUAGUUACUGUACAACUGUACAUAGGGUUUGUUGUUGUUUGUGUUGUUUAUUAUACUUGUUGGUUCUUUCUCUCUUUCUAUUAUUAAGUUGUGUGUAUGAGAUCGACUGUUUGACGCUAUGUAGCUAUGCUUAGACCGAAAUAACUGAAACCGGAUCCCAAUUUGUAUCAUUUCCCUUAUCAGAUUUCCGUAUCCUAGCAUCGGCGUAUCGUAAUAGGUAGCUGUUGGAGGCCAACAUGAUACGCGCCGAGGUUGCGGUAUGGAGUUCUGAUACGGGAUACGGGGUAAUAAUGAUACAAAUAUGGACGUAACUUAGUCUUAGGCCGUCAGCUGCGUUGGUGGUUGUGUCUCUGAUCGGAUGAUGACAAUGGAAUCGAUAAAUGGCACAGUGCGCGUGCGGCCUUAGUACAGAUACCUACUGCUAUAAAAUCUGUAUAUUUACAGUGUAUUCACUUCAUUAAUUUGCUGGAAGAUAAGCAGUAGCGCUACUGUUGUAACAGUCAGAUAUUUCUGUCGUUUUCUAUGGUUCUAUGUAGCUAGCUAACUUAAUUCUCGUUAUUGUUUUCGCAUCAACUUGCGCGUAAGAUACGAAUGUUUGCAUAGGGACUACCUUUACCCAGGUACUGUUUAUCUGUAGACUGUAGCCAAUUAGUCAAUGCACUUGUGAAUGACAAUAAAUCGUCUCAAAUCAA